GAUGAAGACUCCCUAUUACGCGCCGUUUGAGUUGACAAGGAUCGCUCUGGACAAACUAAAUGGUUCAAGAUGCCACGAGGAUCCACUACAACUGCAUGCAUCAGCUGCAAAGCUGUCAUUGGUGUGGCCACAAAGACUUGCAAGGCUUGCAACACCUUGCAGCCAAGGAAACAAAGGCUGGCCAAAAAGUUGCAAAAGUUUGAGGCCAAAAAAGAGGGCUGGCUAAAAAACCAGAGGAAGAAUAAAACCACCUCACAUGUCAUGGAUGAGGCAUCCAUAUUGCUGGAGAAAUUAAGCACACUGGGAUUCAGGGCCGUACUGUUUACUGCUAAACCAGCAAAGAAGCCUGCCACGUGGGUAACAUCGGCCCUGCACCCGAAAUGGCAGCUGUCAGAACAGGCUGCAAAAUGCCUGGACCGAAUGAAGGCGUUAUAUGAGGUGUUGGUCAAUGGUUGGACUGACCAACAACACGAGCCCUCCACUUCCGCUGGUACCCAGCCAUCCACUGCCUCUGCCGUCCAGCCCUCCACUUCCUCUGCUAUCCAGCCCUGCACUUACUCUGUCACCCAGCCCUCCACUUCUGCUGGUACCCAGCCAGCCACUGCCUCUGCCGUCCAGCCCUCUACUUCCUCUGCCAUCCAGCCCUGCACUUACUCUGUCACUCAGCCCUCCACUGCCUCUGCCAUCCAGCCAGCCACUACCUCUGCCGUCCAGCCCUCCACUUCCUCUGCUUUCCAGCCCUGCACUUACUCUGUCACCCAGCCCUCCACUUCCGCUGGUACCCAGCCAGCCACUGCCUCUGCCAUCCAGCCCUCCACUUCCUCUGCCAUCCAGCCCUGCACUUCCUCUGUGACCCAGCCCUCCACGUCCUCUGCCAUCCAGCCCUGCACUUCCUCUGUCACCCAGCCCUCAUCUUCCGCUGUGACCCAGCCAUCCACUGCCCCUGCCUUUCAGACCCCCACCAGUCCUGCACACAUUACUGCAACCAAAAAGAACCAGGGCAUGCCUCCAAGGAAGAAAACCAAGAAGAACAACAACAAAGAUUUGCCUCAAGAAUGCAGCCAUAUGGUCCGAGGGGAAGACCAAUACUUUCCGGUAAAGAGGGUGGUCAAGACUAAAAUUAAAAAGGGGAACCAAAUGGAAUUGGUCGAGUGGGAGCCCUGUUCCAUCUGUGGGAAGACAUGGCCCCUACAGUGGGUGGAAAAGGAACACACUGUUUAAAUCAAUGUAUAUAUAAUUCAUAUUUUUGUUUGUUUAAUUUAUUAUGUGUUGAUGCUGUAUUUGUGUUAGCAGAAUCCCUUUCGUGAUUAAUAUUAUUAUUUUUGAUUUUUGUUUAUUUGUUUUUAAUUUUAAUUUAUAUUAUUAUUUAAU